GAGUUUUUCGUCGCUUCCCGUUCCUCCCAUUUUCAACGAGGAUCGAGCUCGCUCCCUAGGGUUUCUGAUCGCACCGCACCAUACCAUCCAUGGCGAACGCCGCUAAGUCGGAGGGGCUUCGGAACCUGCGCGAUGCCGUCGGUCUCAAGAGCAGGGUCGGCCGGAUUCUGGCGUCGAUCGGCAGGUUCGCCGUCGAUUCCGCCGUCCUCGAGUCCCUCGGGGGCAUCAAUGGAAAGAAGAAGGCAACUAAGUUAAUGCAGGAAGGCCUGAAAGAUCAAGCGCAUUGUCUCUCACUUAAUGACGAUAACGGACCUGGAGAUCUCAAAGUUGGGCUGAAUGACAUACAUGAAAUUAUGGAGAAAGGGGAAGAAGGAUCAAAUAAAGUGACGCAAGAGCACGAGAGGUCGGCCAAAUCUGUUAUAGGGUCGGGAGCUUCAAAGAAGACGCCGAACGAAGGAGCCAAACCGAUAGAUCUCCCGAGAGCCACGGAAAAGAAACCCUUUAUUCGCUCGCGAUUAUGAAAUGGUAUUAAAUACUAUGUGAUAGGGUCGGGGAGAUUUUCAAGUGGUUGGAAAUGCUUGUUGCCCUGUUCCUUAAUUGCAUCAUGCUGGAUCAGAUCGUUUCGCUGUAAACUUCUCUAUAUGUUUGUAUUUUCACUUCUUCAGCAUGUACACAAGUAAACUUGGCCCCUAGCAAGGAAGAAGAUCCCCUAUCUUAGUGUAUUAA